AAUGCUUUUAUUGUGAAGGACAACACUAUCAACCGGAAGUACUUCUUACUCUGUUACCCGGGUCAACUAAAAGCAAUAAAACUAGUCUUCUUUUUUUCUUUUUUUACCUCUGCACCUUCCGGGAAAAUGCAGAUAUGCUGUGUGUGCAGAGAACAGACACCAAAAUACAGAUGUCCAAGCUGCAACAUACGAUAUUGUUCGCUUGGCUGUUACAAGAAACACAAAGAUUCCUGCCGUCCUGUAGAGAAGCCUGCUUCGUCAAAUUCUGAAUCUAAAGAUGCUGCUGGAUCUGCAGAGCCUUUGCGUUUGGACGAUCUCCUGCAUGAGGACGACGUCAUCGACAAAGUGCCACCACAGAGGCUCCAGUUAUUGGGCCAGUCAACAGAGCUCAGAGGUCUCCUCUGCAACCCCCACCUGAGGCAGUUGCUGCGCUCCGUUGACGAUGCAGAGAGCAAAGCGUCCGCCAUGAAGGCCGCCAUGCAGGAACCUCUGUUUGUUGAGUUUGCAGAUCAGUGUUUAAAAGUUGUGGAAGGUGAAGGCAACGCGUCAUCUUCUAUUGAUUGAUUUAUAAAAAUUACACGUGCAGCUAAUUUUUUAUAUUUCUUCAUACAACUCCAAACACGCUGUAUAGCAAUAUCUGCCUCUAAUGACGCUGUAUGUAAAUAAUGUUCAAAUAAAGGCUCAAGUUUUCAUAGAAAAUUGAUCAAACACA